AGCAAAUUCUAGGAAAGUGGUGUGAAUUUUUGCGAAAAUACGAAACACUCGUACCGUGUACAGUUCAGCCGAAACCGCUGUGUUAAACAUUAUUCAAAGUUGAAGCCCUUGUUGUUGAUGUUCUGAAAGAGUUGUGUGUCACCACGGUGUGAUAAAUCGAUUCGUUUUUCUUUAUUAUACGUCAUCCAAAGGUAACAAAAAAACCCCACAGUGGUGUGUGUGUGUAGUUCGGUAGUGAUUUUUGGGUGAAGUUUCAAAUGACUAGAACACAACAACGUAUUAUGCGUGUUUAGGGAGGUGCAACUAGCAAGAAAAAAAGUUCCCAUCGAUACACUCACACACGCGCGCGUUCGGCCUCGUGUACUAUAUAGUGCAAGUGACAACAACGGUGCGUCAUAGUAAGCGAACAAAGAGGCAGCAAUUAGGCAACAAUCGUAGUAAACAGUUGCAAAGCUUCAACCCUCGGUGCGUGGAGUGUGAAUCAGUGCGUGUGUGUGUGCGCGUUUAAGCUUAAAUUAAAGCAACAUCGUUAAGCUACGGUAAAACAAAUAUGUUGGGACGUGUGCGACUCAAAGAGAACGGCAUCAUGGAUGAGGAGCUACCGACCCUGCUGGAGACGACCAUUCGCUUCCUGGCGAAGAAUCUCCACGUCAUUUGUAACACCGAUCCGGUCACGCAUCAGCUGGAGCUGAAGGACGACGUGGUUGUACCGAACGAAAUUUGCGACAGAUUCCUCCGCUACCAGCAGGACUGCGGGCAGGACAUCAACGAUCGCUUCAUACAGAUAUUCCGCGACACGGAGAAAACACCGCUGCGCCAUGUCAGCCUGCGGAACAGCACCAUCACGAACGAGGGCAUGCGCAUACUGUUGCGACACCAGCUGAACUCACUGUCGAUGUGGUACUGCAACAAGAUCACGACCGCCUCCUGGAACAUCCUGAUCGAGCACUGUCGGCAGUUACGGUCGCUCGAACUCGGCCGGUUUGUGGAUAUGCUGAAGCAUAGCGAACCGAACGAGAAGACACCGAUCGACUUUCAGCUGCUGUUACCCCGUCUGCAGCGUCUUAAGCUGAACGGUGUCGUGCUGCAGCCAACGAUCCAGUUCAGCCAUCUAACCGAGCUGAGCCAUCUCGAUCUGACCGCGUGCAUCUUUGCCGAGUUCAGCCUGAAGGCGCUGGUCGACCUGCCGAACCUGCGCACGCUCAUCCUGUUCAAUGUGUGGCCACUGGAGCACGAGUUUCCGACGCUGUGCAGGCUAAAAAAUUUGGAAACGCUCGACCUGUCCGUGUCACGCGCGAACGUCGAUGGAAACUAUCUAACGCCUAACAAAUUGCUAGCAAACUUAGUUGAAAAUCUACCAAAACUGCGACAUUUGGACAUCUCCGGUACGAACCUAGCCGGUGAUGGUGUGGCCGAGCGGGCCGGCUCUUGCACCGGCAACAGCUCGGACAUCCCGGGGCUGGUUAGUCGGGUGGAUCGACCGUUGGAUUUUCUCGGCAUCUACUACACCUCUCAUUCGGCGUGCAAAUGGCACGACAUUCCGGCCCUGAGGGUCGCCGGUGAGGCAACGGAAGAACAGAUCUUGGUAGCUGCGGUGGCCUAUCAGGACCGGCACGAACUGCUGACGAAGGUACUGAACGACCUGUACCAUCUACUGCGGUUUGAAACGUGCAAACAAAUACACAAAGCGUUGGACGUAGUUCUGUCGGCAAUGGAUAAGCACAUACGCGUAAAGAAUAUUCAGAUCAGUGGCAGUGCCACCUUAUUCUACAUCGUAAAGGGAAGGGAAAAAAUGAAGUUUGGCGUACCAUUAAAGAACCACAUCAUUCACACACUGCUGAACGGCAUGUCCACACACCUGACGGACGAUACAAUGAUGCGGAAUGGUUGUUUAACGUUGUGCCAGUUCAACAUACCGCUUGAUGUGAUGUUUGAAUACGAGCGGCUGGUUCACAUACUUUUGCACGGCGUAUCGUAUCGAGAGCAGGAAGGAUUCGUGCAGCGCAUCGCAAUCUAUCUGUUAAACUCACUAGCCUGCCAGGUGGACGGCAGCCAGAAGCUGUUUUUGGGCGAUCUCGGUGCUAUAUCGACGAUGUUGAAUUUGAUCAACGACCGAUUAUCGAGGCGUGUCUUUGACGACGUAAUGGAGGUGGCCUGGUCGACGAUGUGGAACGUAACCGACGAGACGGCAAAGAACUGUGAACGGUUUCUGGAUGGUCGCGGCAUGGAAUAUUUCCUCGGUUGUUUAAAGUUAUUCCCUGAUCGGGAUGAGCUGCUGCGCAACAUGAUGGGUUUGCUUGGUAAUGUGGCGGAAGUAAAGGAGCUACGGCCGCGCCUGAUGACGCCCGAGUUUAUAACUGAAUUUUCUGAUUUGCUCGAUUCGUCCAGCGAUGGCAUUGAGGUCAGCUAUAAUGCCGCUGGCGUGUUGGCCCAUAUUGCUUCGGAUGGUGCGGAUGCCUGGACGAUAACGCGACCGACACGGUACAGCGUGUUGGUGCGCAUGGUGGAAGCCAUCGAGCGAUGGGAUCUGUCAGCCGAGCGUAAUAUAAACUAUCGCAGCUUCGAGCCGAUUCUUGGGCUGAUUCGCUGCUACCACACGCCACAGUGUCAACAUUGGGCCAUUUGGGCACUAGCGAAUCUAACCAAAGUCUACCCGACCAAGUACUGCCGGGUGGUGGAGCAAGAGCAUGGUAUAGAGCUGCUACAGGAGCUGAUCGAACAUCCGCAGCCGUAUCCGCGGCUCAAGGAGCUUGCCCAGAUUGUGCUAACGCACUGUCGGAACCUUAGCGAACCGAUGAACGGGACGGCAACGACCGGUGGCAUCAACAACACGGACCCGAACGUGAUGGAGCUGGACGGCUAAAAGCCUUUUCUCCCGCUUUUGGCGCGUGCACAUGUCGAUGCGUCCCGAAUUUCCCUGCGUCCGGCGUCAUCGGUAGGCAUAAAACAAUAGGACACAUAGUGUGUAGCAUCACAAGUGAUAUAUAGCGAGAGUGAAAGCAACAAAAAAAAACACCCAAAAGCAACUGGCUUAUAUUGCCAC